AUGAAAACGUUUUUAGACCGGUACUCGAUGAUGAUUGUUUCUAAAUAUUUUGUGUGUUUGAAUGACUUUAAAAACUUGAUUUUGGUUUGCAAAAAGUUUGAAGAGAUUCCACUGAUGUUUCACUUCAACCCAAUUUCAUGGAAACCAAAGAUAAAAAUUUAUUUUGAAAAUGUUGAAACGCUUCACUUGUAUAGCAAACAUGACAAAUUUGUCUCUGGAUUUUAUCAGUAUUAUGUGCACUACCCUCUUAAUCUCACAAAAUUAAAAAUGUUGAAUGAGAAAAUGAAAGUGGUAUGCCCACAUAUCGCCUUUUCUGCUCGUGAUUUACAAAACGGGUUUUCAUAUAUUUAUUGGAGUGCGGGAACUGCCCAUUUUACGACGUCACGUCCUUCACAAAGUGUUGAUUUGGAAUUGAACGCGUCAUGUUUAAGUGUAUUUUCCAAUAUCAAGAAAAAACUGUUUAUCACAAGAAACGAUGUCAUAAAAUAUGUUUCUAUUGACUGUCCAGUAACUGAAAUUUGUGAAUCCGCCUUUUACGGAAUGAAAUAUAUUGGUGACAAAAACAUUGCACCAACAGUCAAAGUGAUUCGCAAAGAUGCAUUGUCUGGUAGUGACUUAAAACAACUUGAUUUGUCGCACGUGGAGGUUUUUGAAAAACAAGAAAACUUGAAAACUUUAACGGCACUCACAAUGAAUUCGACUAUAACUUUCAACAAAUUGUAUCAGUGCGAUUCGUUACAAUCAAUUGAAAUUGUUGGUGCUAAAUUAGUAAAAGGGAAGGCUGCGUGCUGGAUGAAGACGUUAUUUGACGCAAAGAAUUUGGAAGUCGAUGAGUAUGUGUACACUUGUAAAGAUUGUGAAUUACUCAAUGGAAUGUUACCAUCAAAUAUCACAAACUUGAAGACUGUUAAAAAUGAUGUGAGAUUAAAAGAUUUGGAAAUUGACACUUAUUCGGUCCCAGAUAGUGUGACGGCAAUAUUUCCCGUGAAUUUUGAAAAAUGUAAAAGCAUCAAAAAAUUACUUUUACCAAAGUGUCUCAAUACAUGUUUUGACUUUUCAUUACUAACAACAAUACAAGAAGCGGCUUUACUUUAUACAGAAGAAUAUGGAAAUAUAAUUAAUUGGAGCGGGCAAUUAACAUCAAUUACUUUUCUUAACAACGACUUGUUGAAUAACGAACGAAUAUUAAACUUGGAUUACCGAAUAAUAAAAAACAUUGAAUUUGCACAAAUACAAACAGACUUUAUAUAUCGUGGAAAUGUGGAUUAUCAAAUUUAUAAAUUAUUGAAACCAAAAUACAAAAUUGAAGGAGAUAUCGUGUUGUAUUAUCUUUACAACUGGAAAGUUUAUAAUGGGGUUUAUUAUAUACCGGACGAUGUUACUGUUGUAAGUCAUUAUCUGGAGAAUAAAUAUGAUAGUUUGAAAGAGAUAUGGGUUGGUGAAAACACGCGGUUGAUUAAAGAGAAUGCAUUUUAUGAUUGCAAAAAUCUAGUGUUGGUCAAAAACUUGAAAAGAUCGACGAUUAUUGAAAAUUUUGCAUUUGGAAAAUCUCAUCCACGAUUGGAAUAUAAAGACAUUAAUUAA